UUAAUAAUUUGUCCAUUUGUAAUUGGUAUAGUGCUUAGUAAAACAGGCAUUUCAGAUGGCAUUAAUAAAACACUACUUAUUAAAAUAAAAAGUGAUAAUGAAAUUAUUCAAAAUGGUCAAAAUGGAUUUAGCUGGGAUUCUUUUAGUGUUUUUAGGAAUCGGUCAAGUAAAAACGACGACGCGCCCUCUCACAAAUAUAGAUGUAUUGAUGCUGUCCCUCAAAUCGCAACAGUGGACCAACGAUGAGGCCCUAUGUAUUGACACAAUGAUAGCUACAUUAACACAUGCGAAAAACUUCACAAUGUGGGCCGUCUGGUAUGUGGAUUCAAUGCAAUUACCGACUGGGCAAUUAUAUGGAGCCCUGAGUCACUUGGGUAACUACGACGAAUGUCUGUCUUCUCAUCGUGUUUUCGACCACUCUGGACACGUUCCAUCAUUCAAGUACUGUAUGAAUGAAGUUUCAUUGACAAACAAGCUAAAGAAGGAAAUAUUUUCUAGAAAUCCUAAUGUUACAACAGACCUCUAUUUAAAUAAAAGGACGACUUUUAAAAAAAGCUUAUCAAAACUUUUUUGGGGACUUUGUAUACCCAAGGUCUGCGAACCACAUUCGGUGGCCAAGAUAACCCGAGCUUACAUGCAGACCAGCCAUUUGUCUCCCAUGGACAAUACUACAAACAUCAAUGUGUCUUACUGUAGAUCUGGAGAGCCUGAGCAAACUUCAUUAGCAUUUUACUUAUUUGUAAUUUUUACAGUUUCAUUUAUAUUGAUGACGGUGUCUUGUACUUACUACUUAUCAACCCUUAAAUCACCUCCUAAUACAUUUGUUGGCGCGUUGGCAAAAUCAUUUAGCUUAAAAAGAAACAUGGAAGAACUGACAAUACUCCGAGGUAGCGAAAUAUUUUCAAUGAAUAUAAUGCGUAUCCUUUCGUCAGUUCUGAUCAUAUCAGGCCACAUGGUACAAAUGAACUUGUUUCUUACGGUGAUCAAUUUUAUGGACGCUGAAGAAUUAGUUCGUAUGACAAGUGCUAGUUUACUGCACCUGGAUUUGAUGACAGACUCCUUUUUCACCAUCUCCGGAUUACUGUUCAUGAAAGGAAUGUUUUCCGACAAACGAAAAAGUCCUUUGAAAUUUAUGUGGAAGCGGUAUAUCAGGUUAACAGUGGCUGCAAUGUUCAUUGCUGGUAUCAUCGCUUUGGUACUGCCAUACGUUGGCGAUGGUCCUCUGUGGAAUACUUUACCACAAGCAGACAUAGAGUCAUGUAAAACCAACUGGUGGCGUAGCAUUUUGAUGAUUCAAAACAUCUUGGAGCCAAGAAACAUGUGCAACCUGGUAGCCUGGCAAGUGUCCUGCGACUUUCAACUUAGUAUAAUAGCAGCAAUACUGUUCUGGGUUUAUCAAAAAAACAAACGACUAGGAAAAUUAUUGCUUUCCCUUACAGUUGUCUUGGGAAUGAUUCAAAGUGGACUAAUUAACUGUUGGCAUAAAUUGAGUCCUAUACCUUUCAAUGGUUUUGAAAACUUCAGACCAUUGGGAAAACCUUCUGUUGAAAGCGUUAGAGAAUCAACAGUUUUUUAUGAUGUUUAUAUGCAGCCAUAUACACACGCGCCUCCAUUCCUGAUUGGAGCGGCGAUGGGGUAUAUCAUGUACACGUAUAAACCAAACAAUUACAGAAAAUGUUUUGCACAGUUAUGGUCAUAUACGGCGGUAGCAGUUGCUUUGUUUAUAAUGCACAUGGGCCUCUACGGAGGCUAUUUCUACUAUUUUGUGAGUACCGACGUGACUGUACACUCAACUAUUUAUGCCGCAACUCACCGAGCCCUGUGGGGCAUCUCAAUAUGCACUAUUAUUGGCAUGUCCGAAUACGGAAAUAUACCCGUACUUCAGAAAGUGUUUGAGUGGUUUCCAUUCGUUCCUAUUAGUAGACUCUCGUACGCUGCGUAUUUGGUGCAAUAUCCAUUGUUAUUGCUUUAUGUGGGUUCCCAACGCAGCUUGGUGCAAUGUGAUCUUUAUCAAGUCAUUUUGAAUUCAUUGGGCCUCACGGUGUUAUGCUACGUGACUAGUCUCUUCAUCUGGCUGUUUGUGGAAGGCCCCCUCCAUAGCAUCAACAGCGUACUAACAUUCAAAACAUGGAAGAAUGCAAAAGAAAUAUCUACAACAAGCAAUGGCAAAGAUGAUUAAAUGAUAAAAAAAAUAAAUUUGAAGAUAACAA